AGUGCACUGGUACCUCUCACUCUGCCCGUCACGUUGUGUACGGCGGCCUGACCCCCCAUGAACCUGCGACUUCCUCUUUCUGAGAUUUCAUGGCGAUCGGGAGAGAGGGAAGACCACCGACGCACGCAAACUGUCCAGACACCUCAACACGACUGAAAGACAUUUCUUGGGUGAGAUCUGAACAGAUGUUGUGAGUUGCAGACAGAACAGACACUGAGUGGAUUCUCCUGCUGGUGUUGCUCAGUGGGUAGUAGUGGUUUCUCGUGCUGGUGUCCUGUUGAAGAGCCUCCUCGGCGCUCUGUGCUGUGGUCUUGCUGUGUCCUGGGUUAGGACUGCCAGCCUAUGGCUCUAAUGGACAAGCACAAAGUCAAGCGGCAGAGACUUGACCGCAUCUGUGAGGGCAUCCGCCCCCCCAUCCUGAACGGGCCCAUGCACCCCCGGCCCCUGGUGGCCCUGCUGGACGGGCGUGACUGCACCAUAGAGAUGCCCAUCCUGAAAGACGUGGCCACUGUGGCCUUCUGUGAUGCCCAGUCCACCCAGGAGAUCCAUGAGAAGGUGUUGAACGAGGCGGUGGGGGCUCUGCUCUACCACACCAUCACUCUCUCUAGAGACGACCUGGACAAGUUCAAAGGUCUCCGAGUCAUCGUCAGGAUCGGCAGCGGCUAUGACAACGUCGACAUCAAAGCCGCAGCUGAGCUGGGCAUCGCGGUGUGUAACGUGCCGGCGUCGUCGGUGGAGGAGACGGCCGACACAUCCUUGUGUCUGAUCCUAAACCUGUACCGUCGGGUCACCUGGAUGCACCAGGCCCUGAGGGAGGGCACCAGGGCCUCCAGCGUGGAGCAGAUCAGGGAGGUAGCCGGCGACGCUGCCCGCAUCCGGGGGGAGACGCUGGGCAUCAUCGGCCUGGGUCGUGUGGGCCAGGCGGUGGCUCUGCGGGCCAAGGCGUUUGGUUUCGGGGUGAUCUUCUACGACCCAUACCUGCCUGAUGGUGUGGAGCGCUCCCUUGGCCUGCAGAGGAUGGCUACCCUACAGGACCUGCUCAUCCACUCUGACUGUGUCUCUCUACACUGCAGCCUCAACGAACACAACCACCACCUCAUCAAUGACUUCACCAUCAAACAGAUGCGUCAGGGAGCGUUCCUGGUGAACUCUGCGCGGGGGGGUCUGGUGGAUGAGAAGGCUCUGGCUCAGGCCCUGAAGGAAGGACGUAUACGAGGAGCCGCGCUGGACGUCCACGAGACAGAGCCCUUCAGUUUCUCACAGGGCCCUCUGAAAGAUGCUCCCAACCUCAUCUGUACCCCCCACACUUCCUGGUACAGUGAGCAGGCCUCCAUCGAGGCCAGAGAGGAGGCAGCCAGGGAGGUGCGCCGUGCCAUCACUGGUCGUAUUCCAGACAGUCUGAAGAACUGUGUGAAUAAGGAGUAUCUGAUGGCAGCGUCACAGUGGCCCAGUAUGGAGGUUGCGACAGUCCACCCCGAACUCAACAUAGCCUCAGCAUACAGGUUUCCUGCAGGUCUGAUAAGCGUGGCAGCAGGGGGUUUGACAGGGGCAGGUGCAGGGGUAGAGGCUCUGGCCCUGGCUCACGCCAUCGCCCCUGUGUCCCAUCCCCCCCACGCCCCAUCGCCAGGGCAACCCAGCAAGGCUGAGGCAGACAGAGACAUCUCCUCUGACCAAUAGCACCCCAACAUUCCUCCAUCACCCCUGGAAACCAACAACCCACCCCCUCCCACCAUUUU